AUGAGAUUCAACGCCAUUAUCGCCUCCGCUAUCCUCGCGGCCACCGUCUCCAGUGCAGCACUUCCAGUGCCUGUCGAGGCCGCCGAGAAGCGCGAAGCUGAGCCGCAACUCCCGACAUGGCCGCGCCCGUAUGGUCUCCCUCAUGGCAUGGCUGCUGAGAAGCGCGAUGCUGAUGCCGGAAUAAUCUGGAAACGCCCUUACGGUAUCCCACACGGUAUGGCCGCCGAGAAGCGUGAAGCUGAAUCACAACUCCCAACCUGGCCGCGCCCUUAUGGUCUGCCACACGGCAUGGCCGCUGAGAAACGCGAAGCCGAACCUGAGCCACAACUCCCAACCUGGCCACGUCCUAUCGGCCUUCCCCAUGGUAUGGCCGCUGAGAAACGUGAGGCUGAAGCUGAGCCGCAAUUACCAACCUGGCCACGUCCUUAUGGCAUCCCUCAUGGCAUGGCUGCUGAGAAGCGCGAAGCCGAGGCUGAGCCACAGUUGCCAACCUGGGACCGCCCUUACGGUAUCCCACAUGGUAUGGCUGCUGAGAAACGUGAGCCAGAAACCCCCGAGGAGUAA